AAUAACAACUGGAUAUGAAAUACAUAUAUACAUAUCAGAAAUGGUCUGCAACCAAAUUAAGAAACAACCCCGUUGGCCGCUAAACGCGCAUGUUCCCAUAUUAUAUAGCUAGAGCACCUUAGGCUAGCUCCACCACCACCACCUCUCCUUAAAGAAACAAACACUAGCUCAAAUUCGUUUCCUUCUCUUAUCAUUCUUCCCCUCCUUUCGUGCGUGUGGGUGUGCGUGACUGCUGCGCCUGCCCCAUUCCACAAUUAAUAAUUAAGCCAUGGAAACAGCAGGCACAACUCCACCUUCCAAAGGCAGACUCACCAGGAAGACCUCCUCCUUUCGCCUCCGCUGCGAUAGUCUUAAUACCCUCCGUCUCCGCCGCAUUUUCGAUCUCUUUGACAAGAACAACGAUGGCUUCAUCACCGUUGAUGAGCUUAGCAGUGCCCUCAACCGUCUUGGCUUAGAAACCGACCUCUCCGAGCUUGAAUUCACCAUCAUUUCCUUCAUUCAACCGGGCAACAAAGGUCUUAGAUUUGAAGAUUUCAUCUCAUUGCACCAAUCCUUAGAUGAAACCUACUUUGUAUGCGACGACCACAUGGUCAAUCAUGUCGGGGCCGAGGAAGAUCAGAAGAUAAAUAAUCAUCAGACUAUGUCUCAGGAGGAUUCGGACCUGUCAGAGGCUUUCAAGGUGUUUGAUGAGGACGGAGAUGGUUAUAUAUCCGCUAAAGAAUUGCAAAUAGUUUUGCGGAAGCUUGGAUUCUCGGAAGGGAACGAGAUUGGUAGAGUUGAGAAGAUGAUCUUCUCCGUUGAUCGCAAUCAAGACGGCCGGGUUGAUUUCUUUGAAUUCAAGGAUAUGAUGCGUGGCGUUCUCGUUCGGAGCUCUUGAUUUCUUUUUUAACACAUUAAUUAGUACCAUUUCUCCUUUUGCAACGUGUAAUUCUAUGCUUUUGCAUGCAUUUAAUCAAUCAUUAGCAUUUUCUUGUUUUAGUGUUUGUCUGUAAUCUGUAUCCUAAUGCCAUUACAGCAACAAGUACCUUUCUUAAUUUUGCUGAA